UAAAGAGAAGUAAGGAGUUCACAUUGACGUACACACAGUGAGUAAAGCCGAGGCACUGUGUUGUAUCCAUGCUGUGGGAGCGCAGCGAGUUGUAGUCUGCAGGUGCUUUCAGUGUAUCUUUGCUUAAACUCGACCAGCUGCAUGAUUCCACAAAACAAAAGGGACUACUUGAAGUGUUGGAAUAUUUUGAAAACACACUAUGGAGUAACAGCUACUGGAUCACUUUGGAAAUACUGAAGUGACUGAUUUUGGAUCCAUGGUUUGUCUUCAGGAAGGAAUUUUUCACUAGACUAUGUGUUACCAUUGUUGACUUUUGAAUUGGACUGCAUGUUUCUCUUGGACUAAAUGAAUUAGCACGGAUGAAUUGUCUGAACUGGAGGUUCUGAGUGAGUACGGCGCAAGCUCCUUACCUUUUGGGAAAAUACGCAAAGGGCGGCAGGGUAAAGAAAGGGGGGAGGAAAUGAGGAAGCUAUAGCUUGUCUCCUGUCUCUAGGGAGGAUUGCAUUCACCCCAGUGUCUCUACUGAAGAAUGCCGAGGGGAAGCGUUUAAAUGCUUUCAACCACAUGCGGCUCUAAAAGAAAGCACAUGAAAGAGAUCUCUGUGUUCCGGGCAGCAAGAGCAUUUUGGUCAAAGACACUUUAAAGGAAUGCCUCUAUUCUCUUUUGCCAUUCAUUCUGGAUCCUGCAUCAAGGGAAUUCCCCCCACAGUAUAUCUGCUGUAUAAUUUCAACCAAAUAUGCUAGCUUUCUUUCCUGUAAGGAUGCACAACAUCACCUUACAGAUGGACAAUACAAGCUUCCACUUCAGCGACUGGAACAGUUCUAACAGCUCGGAGCAGAGUAAUGAAGUGUGCCCCAAGAAUGACGGAUUCAAGUAUCCACUCUACAGCACAGUGUUCAGCAUUGUCUUUGUGGUGGGACUUAUAAUGAAUGUAAUAGCCAUGUAUAUCUUUUCCUGCACGCUGAAAGUCCGUAAUGAAACCACCACAUACAUGAUGAACCUAGUUGUUUCAGAUCUGCUGUUUGUUCUCACGCUACCAUUGCGGGUCUUUUACUUCAUCCGCCGAGACUGGCCGUUUGGUGGUUUGCUGUGCAAGCUAUCAGUCUCCCUGUUUUACACAAACAUGUAUGGCAGCAUCCUUUUCCUCACCUGCAUCAGUGUGGACCGGUUCUUGGCCAUCGUUUACCCUCUCCGUUCGCGGGAGCUUCGGACCAAGCGCAAUGCUAAGAUAGUAUGUGUAGCAGUAUGGGUGCUGGUGCUCUCAGGCAGUCUGCCAACAGGCUUCUUGCUGGACUCUACCCCCCGCCAAAGUAACAACUCCUCUGCCCAGUUCUGCUUUGAGAACUUCUCCUCCAAGCAGUGGAAGUCUCAUCUAUCCAAAGUGGUGAUUUUCAUAGAGACUGUAGGUUUCCUUAUACCACUGCUCCUCAAUGUUUUCUGUUCAGCAAUGGUUCUUCAGACACUGAGGAGGCCACAGACAGUCACUCGAGGUGGGAAACUUAACAAGACGAAGAUCUUGCGUAUGAUAAUGGUGCACCUUUUUAUCUUCUGCUUCUGUUUCAUUCCUUAUAAUGUCAACCUCGUGUUUUACUCACUGGUGCGCACCAAAAUCUUGGAAGGCUGUGCAGCAGAGACUGUAGUCAGGACCAUUUAUCCAAUUGCUUUGUGCAUAGCUGUAACCAACUGUUGCUUUGACCCUAUCGUGUACUAUUUUACUUCAGAAACUAUACAAAACUCCAUAAGAAGGAAGUCACAGUUAGAUACAAACUAUAGCAUGAAGUACUCUGAAGCAUUGCAAUCAGAGACAAGCUCAAGCUUUAAUUUCAGCCUGAGGUCCCUUACAAACAAGAUGUUCUUCAAUCCAUUGCAAGAGUCCAUUGCGUGAGGAGACUUCUUGACUCUUUGAGCUGUUGGAUAUUUGAUACAAACAUCUGUUCCGUUAAUGGACAGUUAACAGUUAAUUGUUACCACAUUGUUUUGAAGAGUCUGUGCCAUUUUAUUUUAACAUAUCAGAACAGCUAAAUAUGCAUGAUAUCAGAACAGAAUGUGUAAAAAUAUCUAGAAUAAAGUAUUAUAAUGAAUUGUAAUUAGUUUACUGUGAAUACCAGAGAGCAAAAUUACUUAAAAUCCAUAUGUUUGUGCACUUACAUGUAUAAGUUGGUAAAUGCAUUUAAUCAGUACAUUUACAGUAUUUAAAAAUAUGAAAAUUGGUUUGAGACUCAAUCUGAAACUAGAAACACCUAGCAGGACAGUUUUGGGAUUCUUAUCACUGAUCCUUCGUGAGUUGGGCUUUGUCACAUUGAAUGUUUUUUUUAUUAUUAUUUUUUUUAUGCAUAUUAACAAAUCAUAAUCUUAACAUCGUGACGUGUCAUAGUGUUUAUAAAAGUCAUUAUAGCACUUUAUGCUACAGUGUUAGUGUACAUUGUCAUCUCACAUUUUCUUAUGCACUGAUUAUAUUUCUGUUACCUGUAACAUGAAUAAAAAACUUUAAAGUAUAAAUAAUACAGUAUUAUAGGGCAUUAACUGCGUUGGACACAUGAUGAAAGCCAGAUGUGUUUUGGAUCUGGUGUGUAUCAAGAAAUACAAGUACAGAAUAAACAUGAACUCUGACAACA